CCUGUCCAAGUUUCUGGGUUCAGUUCAGAGGGAUCACUAUGGAGAGAAGGGUCGUCCUCCUUGUCCUCCUGCUGCUGGGGCUGGUCACCACAUUACCCAACCAGGGCGAUUGGGACAUCUACAGUUUUCACAUCAACUCCACCGUGACCAGCCGCUAUGCCACCACCGUCAUCACGAGCCGUGUGGCCAACCGCAUGGACCAGUCUAAAGAGAUCGAGUUUCAUGUUCGGAUUCCCAAGAACGCCUUCAUCAGUAAAUUCAGAAUGUUUAUGGACGGUGAAGUGUAUGAUGGAGUGGUGAAGGCAAAAGAACAAGCUGAGCGUCAGUACACAACCGCUGUCUCUCGGGGCCAGAGUGCAGGGAUUGUCAGUUCUGUGGGGAGAACCCUGGAGGAGUUUAAGACUUCUGUUACUGUGGCUGCUCACAAAAAAGUCACCUUUGAACUUACCUACGAGGAGCUACUCAAACGUCGUCUCGGCAAAUACGAGCUGCAAAUCUUUGCUCGGCCCAUGCAGCCUGUCAAAGAUUUCAAGAUUGAUGUGCACAUAAAUGAAGACGCUGGACUCAAGUUUAUAGAGUCUAAAGGCGGCCUGAGUACCAAAGAACUGGCAAAUGCAAUUACUAAAACUGUAACAGACAAACAGGCCUGGGUCUAUUUCUAUCCAACUGUGGAUCAGCAGAAGGUCUGUGACAGUUGUUCAGAUGACGGCCUGAAUGGAGAUCUGGUCAUUUUUUAUGACGUUAAGAGAGAGGUCUCAUUUGGAGAUAUCCAGACUGGAGAUGGAUACUUUGUGCAUCACUUUGCUCCCUCCAGCCUACCUCGUAUACCAAAAAAUGUUGUCUUUGUUAUUGACCAAAGUGGCUCAAUGCACGGACGAAAAAUGCAACAGACACGCAUCGCCCUGAUUCACAUCUUAAGCGAUUUGGCAGAGGAUGACUUCUUUGGGCUCAUCACUUUUGACAGUGACAUUUUUCACUGGAAACGAGAACUUGUUCAAGCUACCUCCAUAAACAUUGAACAGGCAAAGAGAUUUGCAGAGAACAUUCAAGACCGAGGAUCCACAGACAUAAACAGGGCUGUGCUGGAGGGUACUCGCAUGCUCAAUGUACACCCCAGAGAAGACUCAGCCUCCAUCCUCAUACUCCUGACUGAUGGGGACCCCACCUCAGGAGAGAUCAAUCCUCAGAAAAUCCGGGCUAAUGUGAAAAGGGCUAUCGCAGGUAAAUUCCCAUUGUACUGCCUUGGAUUUGGAUUUGACGUUAACUUUGAGAUCCUGGAAAAGAUGUCCCUGGAUAAUAAUGGUUUAGCUCGUCGCAUAUAUGAAGACUCUGAUGCUGAUCUGCAACUUCAGGGUUUCUAUGAAGAGGUGGCUACUCCACUGUUGACAGAUGUGACCAUGAUCUACACUGGAGGCUCUAAUCUAACCCAGACUAACUUCAGCCAAUAUUAUAAUGGCUCAGAGAUUGUGGUGGCUGGUGUGAUCACAGACAACAACAUUGAAAGCUUUAUUCCUGAAGUCGUGGCCGUUUCUAGAAACGCAAGAGUGAUUUUUUCAAGACCAAAUACAACAACAGAGUCCACUGUGACAGCACCGGUGGACCGCAUUCAGAGAGUGUGGGCCUAUCUCACAGUAAAACAACUCCUGGAGAAAAAGCUGCAGCUGUCUGGACCAGAAAAGGACAAAGUGAAGAAAGAGGCCAUGGAUUUAUCUCUAAAGUACAACUUUGUGACUCCUCUCACGUCAAUGGUGGUCACUAAACCUCCAGGAGAAGACUCAGCUGUUCUCAACAAGCCUAAGGAAGGAGAACAACCUGCUUUACCAAGGGGGGCGGGACAACUACCUGCUUUACCAAGGGGGGCGGGACAACGACCUCCUUUACCAGGGUUGGCGGGACAACUACCUCCUUUACUAGGGGGGGCGGGACAAGGGUACACCCACCGCAUUUCUGCUCCUGCAGGACAUCCAGGGCUCACUGCUUCUCGUCAAAGAUUCUUCUCCCCUGCUGCUCAUUUUGAUCCCCCUGUUGCCGCUGAGAUUCCAUUAUUAUAUAAUUCAGCUCCAAAAAAGGUAUUUCUCUCCAGGUAUACUCCAGUCUAUGAUAUGACUGAUACGGCCCAUCAAAUUAGCAUUAUGCCAAUUUUAGACAGGGCAACCAUGAUGCCAUAUGCCCCAACAACGAUACCUGACACUACAACUCAAGCUCCUCAAACCCAAAGGUUUUUACUGAAACCUGAGAACAUGCAUUUUCCUAUCUGUUUUGAUCUCCCAACCAACAUCAACGUGAAGAUACUGCACCUCCCCAGCAGAGGACUUGCCAUAAAGGGUAUGAUUGGCUUAAAGGCAAAUGGAGGUUUUACACACAUUUUCCUACAUGUCCAAAAUGACACAUCUAUUGAGGUGGAUGUGGACAGCGUCAGUGUGAAGGAGGGAGAGACAUUAACGCGAUACUCGGAGCAGACUCAAAUAACUGCCGGCAGUGUGACAGUGAUCAUACGUGACAAGGAGAUAGAUGUGUCAGUUGGAGAUGUUCGUCUUGUGAUUCUGGUCCAUGAGAUUUCUGGGAGAAAGUUCCUGUGGCCUGUUUUUAGACAGAUGCCACAAGAUGACACAGCUGAAGGAGUUUUUGUUUUUAAUAACAGGGAUUAUGAGGAAUCAGCGACAUAUAUGACAACCCAACCAACAAUAUCAAGAAUUAAAGUCAAAGGCAAAGAGGAAGAAGUGCUCAGAGACAGUGCUGUUGACUUCAGUGUCCCAGUGCCUGUAUCAGUCGAAUGCUGGUUCUUCUUUUCUGCUCAGUCAGCUCUCCAGAGGCCAACUACUGACUUAUACAACUGAUAUUUAAACAAAACUGUCCAUAUUAAGUCUAAACCAAAAAAUUACACUCACAUAGGUGUGCCGACUUUUUAAUUACAAUUCUUAAAAUAAAAUCCUCUUUGACAAUA